GCGGAAUGCUCUUUUUUGAAAUUUGUUCUUUUUUAUUUUUAAUGCUUUUUUUUUUUUUUGGUCUUGUAGGGAUGUGCUAAAUCAGAAGGGAUCAGCCUCAACAGAAAUCAGUGUCCAUCAUGCAGAGGGUGGUGACACGUCAGACAACGGUUCGCGUAAUUGGAAGAAUCAGCAAGCAUGUAUCUGGACGUGAAAUCAGACACGGGGGAGUCCAUUCAGAUGGGGAGCUGCUGUGCAGCAAAACCAGAUUGACACGUCGUCAUUUGUCAGCCAUCAGAUAUUUGCGAUCAUCAUCAUUGGCGUCGUCUUCGCCUUCUUCCUUCUCAGAGUGCUCCUCCUCCUCCUCCUCCUCUAUCCACGCAGAAGAGCCUCCGUCCUUCCUAGUGCUCUCGUCGAGGUGGGAAAGAGGAGGGGGUUCUGGUUGCGUCUAUGGAGGGCAGCAGCUUAUCAGCAGAGGUAAUGCGACAUGGUCACAAGGCUUGCCUGCCAUGCAGGAGGAGGGGAAAGAGAAUGGAGCAGUCUCCGGGUCGGCGAAACAGACCGGAGGCUCAGGGUCGGGAUCGGGUCGUGGGGGAAAGAUAAGCAAGGGAAUAGCUGCGACAAUCGGACUUGCUGGGGUGGUGAUGGGCGGAGCGGGGAUAAUGGCAGUACUUAGAGAGCUGGGAAAAGGAGAAUUACGAGGGGAGGAGAAGGGGGGGGGGGGAGGAGAAGGAGGACAACGGAAUGAGUCGAAACUUGGACCAGAUUCGGAUGUAAAGGUUGGCAGCGAAGGGGACAGCAGCCCGGAAUCGACGACAACCGUGGUCAAUUGGAGUGGAACGCACGAGGUUCGAACUCGCGACCUGUUUCAACCUGAGACGGAGGAAGAGGUGAUUGCUCUGGUUGCGGAGGCGCACGCGAACAAACGAAAGAUCAGGGCAGUCGGCUCAGCACUCUCGCCAAAUGGAAUAGCGCUAUGCGAAGAGGGGAUGCUAAAUAUGGCGCUGUGCGACCGGGUUAUAAAUGUGGACAAGGAGAAGAUGACGGUGACAGUUCAGGCGGGCGCGAGAGUCGACCAAGUGGUGGAGGCAUUAAGAGAGCAUGGACUGACAUUGCAGAACUACGCAUCGAUCAAGGAGCAGCAGAUCGGAGGGUUCACACAGGUGGGAGCGCACGGGACGGGAGCGACCCUACCUCCCGUCGAUGAGCAGGUAAUUAGAAUGAAACUGGUCACACCGGCAAGAGGAGUGCUAGAGCUAUCGAUGGACAAAGAUCCAGAGUUAUUCAAAUUGGCGCGCUGUGGGCUCGGGGCGCUCGGCGUGGUGACAGAGGUAACACUGCAGUGUGUGCCAGCUCAUCAGUUGGUCGAGUAUACCUUCGCAUCUAAUGCAAAGGAAAUAAAAAAGAAACACAAAGAAUGGAUAAGAAAUAAUCGGCACCUUCGGUACAUGUGGAUACCAUACACCGACACGGUCGUUGUCGUGCAGUGCAAUCCUGUUGCUCCCGAAAAGCAGAAGGCGACGUGGUGGAGCUGGUUUACUCGCUCCCCACAGCAGCAACAGCAAUCAAAUCUCUCUCUCGAUGAACGUCUUGCUCAUGUCAGAGCCCUCUACAAAGAAGUAUCUUCUACUUCGCCGCCGCCCUCAUCUCCUUCUCCGUUGUCUUCGCCUUCUUCUUCUACCUCGCCUUCGUCACCUUCUUUACCGUCUUCAUCUUCUUCGUCUUCAGCAGCAGCAGCAGUAGUAGCAGAAGAACUAGCAGCAGAGAGCUCGACGCCCGUCCUUCCCGCUACGUCUCCUUCAACAGCAGGAGAUGCGUCUGCGGGUCCACGUUCUGGCCACGCAGGGGUGAGAGAAGAAGAAGAGGUAAAUAUACAAUGUUUGUCAUUUACUGAGCUGAGGGACAAGUUACUUGCGGUUAAUCCAUUCGAUCCUGACCACGUGGCGCGGGUGAAUCAAGCGGAGGCGGAGUUUUGGAGGAAGAGUGCCGGAUAUCGGGCUGGAUGGAGCGAUCAGAUCCUCGGAUUCGAGUGCGGAGGACAGCAAUGGGUAUCUGAGGUGGCGUUUCCAAUCGCAACUCUGUCGUCGCCGAACAUGAAGGACAUCGCCUUCAUGGAGGAGUUGAUGGCGAUGAUUAAGACGGAGCGAAUUGCAGCACCAGCUCCCAUCGAGCAGAGAUGGACGGCAGUGAGUUCGUCUCCGAUGAGUCCUGCAUCGCCUCAGAGUCUUACUUCUUCUCCUACGUCUUCCUCCCGGAACCAAAAUGCUGACUCUGUCUUCUCGUGGGUAGGAAUCAUCAUGUACCUGCCCUCUGACGACCCGGAGGUAAGGCGCAAGAUUACUGAGAGAUUUCUGGAUUACCGGAAGAGGUCUGCUCAGCAGUUAUGGGACAAAUACCAGGCCUUCGAACACUGGGCUAAAAUCGAGGUUCCGGAGACGGAUGCUGAAAGACGCGAAUUAGCGGACAGAUUGAGGAAGAGAUUUCCUGUCGACGCUUUCAACCAGGCCAGACGGGAUCUCGAUCCUCAUAAUAUUCUAUCGAAUGACGUCAUCGAUGCAUUGUUCCCUCUUCAUUCACAAUAAAUGAUUUUUUUUUUUUUUACACAAUAAAUUGAAUAAAUGAUU